AUGUCCGUCCUCCUAGGCUUCCUCCAAAACCGCUUCUCAGCACCCUCCCUCCAAUGCCUCUCCCCAGCCAUAAUCACCAACAAAACCAUCAUCGUCACCGGCGCCAGCAGCGGCCUCGGCCUCGAAGCCGCCCGGCACUACAUCCGCCUCGGCGCCUCUCGCGUCAUCCUCGCCGUGCGAUCCCCAUCCAAAGGCGACGAAGCCCGGCGGCAAAUCCUAUCCAGUUUCCCCCCAGACAAAGCCCUCGGCUCCAUUGACGUGUGGAAGCUCGACCUCUCGAGCUUUGCGUCAGUCCAGGCGUUUGCGAAGCGAGCAACACAGGAACUCAACACCCUUGACAUUGCGGUUCUCAAUGCCGCCGUCGCAAAGAAUCACUUUUCUCGCACAGACGACGGGUGGGAAGAAAGUAUCCAGGUGAAUCACCUUUCCAAUAUGCUGCUAGCACUCCUCCUACUCCCGAAAAUGAAACAGUCCGCCACAAAAGACUGGAAACCGCGCUUGACAAUCGUCAGUUCCCGCGGACAUCAGUACGUUUCUGAGGGAGAGGCUUGGCAGACCGCGCCAAAAAUUCUGGAGACAUUAAACGGGGAGACACAUUUCGGCAGACUGGGCCAUCGGUAUGGUCUGUCAAAACUACUGAUUACGUAUGGGGCGAGAGAAAUCGCCAAGACAGCGACUUUGAAGGACGGAUCGUGCGAUGUUAUUGUUAAUUAUUGCUGUCCGGGGGCGUGUAAGUCGGACCUGCAGCGGGAUAUUGAUGGUUUCUGGCAAAAGGCUGCGCUGGGGGCUGUGCAUAUGACGAUUUGUAAGACGACGGAGGAAGGGGCCAGGACGUUGGUGUAUGCGAGUUGUUUGGGGGAGGAGAGUCACGGGAGGUGGAUUCAUAAUGAUCGUCUUAAGGAGCCUGGAGAACUGGUUACGAAUGAGACGGGGAAGAGGUUGCAGGCACAGAUAUGGAGGGAGACGUUGGAGGUCCUGGCACCGUAUCGCUAA